GUGGCAGGGGAGGGGACGCUGAGGGCACAUGUGCUGAGCUCUUGAAGUGCCGCGGAAAGUGGAGGUGAGGGCCGCCCGCCUCAGAGGUAUUGCAGUUCCGGGGCUCGUCCGAGAGGCAGAACUGACAAGGAAGAUUUCUGAGCCUUUUGCUGGCAAAGGGAUUUCUUACACCCUCCAGCCAUGCGUCUUUCUGCCCUUCUGGCCUUGGCAUCCAAGGUCACUCUGCCCCCUGGUUACCGCCAUGGGAGGAGCCGCCAAGGCUCCCUGGCAGACAAGAGGAGCAGGCAGCGCCCAGUGGUUGUGGAACCCAUCUCUGAUGAAGACUGGCAUCUGUUCUGUGGGGACGUGGUGGAGAUCCUAGAAGGCAAGGAUGCUGGGAAGCAGGGCAAAGUGGUUCAAGUUAACCGGCAGGAAAACUGGGUGGUUGUGGAAGGGCUGAACACAUAUUACCGCUACGUUGGCAGGACCCAGUAUUCCCGGGGAACCAUGAUCCCUAAUGAAGCCCCCUUGCUCUACCGCCAGGUCAAACUUGUGGAUCCUAUGGACAGGAAACCCACUGAGAUCCAGUGGAGAUUUACUGAAGCAGGAGAGCGGGUACGAGUGUCCACACGAUCAGGGAGAAUCAUCCCUAAACCCGAAUUUCCCAGAGCUGAUGGCAUCAUCCCUGAAACGUGGACCGAUGGUCCCAAAGACACAUCAGUGGAAGAUGCUUUAGAAAGAACCUACGUGCCCAGUCUAAAGACACUGCAGGAGGAGGUGAUGGAGGCCAUGGGGAUCGUGGAGACCCGGAAACACAAGAAGGUCUAUUGGUAUUGAGCCUGGGGAGAGCAGCUCCUCUCCCACUCUGUCCCAGCCUUGAAGGCUGAGGCACCCCUUUUUCAAAUGCCAAUAAAGAACUGUUUAUGAGUC